AUGCCGCGGCCCCUCCCCACAGGACGCAACAGCGGCGGCCCCCUGCUGGACAGCGCCGGCUGCCUCAUCGGGAUCAACACGGCCAUAUACUCGCCCAGCGGCGCCAACAGCGGGGUGGGCUUUGCCAUCCCCGUGGAUGUUGUGAGGAGCAGUGUCAGCCAGAUUAUUGAGACUGGCAGGGUGGUGCGGCCCGUGCUGGGCAUCAGCUUUGCGCCGGACCAGAGCACAGAGCAGCUGGGGGUCAAGGGCAUCCUCGUCCUGUCGGCUCGCGAGGGCGGCCCCGCCUGGCGCGCCGGCAUCCGCGGCACCAGCCGCGACGACUACGGCCGCCUCGUGCUCGGCGACAUCAUCACGCGCAUCAACGGCGCCCGCAUCAGGAACAGCAGCGACCUGUACAGGGUGCUCGACAAGGCGGAAGUUGGGCAGCAGCUGGACAUCCAGGUGCUGAGGGGGGACGCCGAGGAGCACCUUGCGGCCACGCUCGAGCCCAACACGACGUAA